UGCUUGCCUUACGAUCGCGAUCCAACGGCCGGAAAGGUCCCUCGAGUUACAGCCGUGAGAUCUCGAUCUGGGUCGAUGGGUUGGCGGUGGGAGUUAGUUAGCAGGUAGCGUGCGCGGCGAGUCGCGAUGAGUCGGGAGUUGAUGGAUGGAGGGAGAAUUAUCUGGGAAUAUUUUCUUUAAAUCCAGAUUGGCCGAUCUGUUAGACGCAUAGAAUAUUUUGAAGGAUGUUGGACGAGAUCUUCGGGCGAUUGUCUUCGUCCCCAUCGACGCCCAUUGGUUCUAAUUUCUACAUGUUGUUAGCAUAGGAUCUCAGUCAAGUCCCUACGUAGAUUAAGAAGAUGAGAUUGACGUGGAGUUGGUUCCGAAUAGAGGUGGCAAGCAGUUUAACCAAAUCAAUCGAAAUUAGUAUAGCAAGUGGAGCAAUGAAACGGUGUUUGAAAUCUUGAGGACUUCAAUCUACAGUCCCACUUAAUCUACGUAAUCUAGCGUCCGUGGGACUCUUAUAAAUGCCUUCGGUAGGCUUAGUUUUCCGAGAUCCUCGAGAGCGGUGAUAGACUGGGUAGCAAUGCGAAAAGGUGCUUGUGGCCUUAAAGAGUGCUGGGGAAGAUGACAGGUUGCGGUUAUGCAGCAGCAUCGGUGAUGACAGUGAAUCGGAAACCGAGCUGAUGGGUUUGAUUUGGAAGUGUGGGGCACGCCCUCGUGGUGAGGAUGAGGAAUCCUGUUCCACGUUGCCAGUGAGCAGGCAAUCCAUUGACAUGUACAGUGGUCUGUCACCAGCCACAGGGUUUUUGGGGACUCCAACCCUUAGCAGAUUGUCAAGUUCCUUCUUUUCUUCAUUUCGAGUCAAGCACACCCCAGAAAAAACAGCCUCACUUAUUAAGCCUUUGCUGCCCACUACUACUGCUGAUGAGCAACCACAAGAAGAAAGACAAAGCUCUGAUUCGCUAUUGACCCCUCUACUGCCAUCAAGAAAGCCAUCUUUGGAGAAGAUACAAGAGAAAGUCUUUCAUGAGUUACCAAGCUCCCGAAAUUCUUCCUAUGGACAAGCGGUGUUCAACGGGAUGAAUGUUUUAUGUGGCGUUGGGAUCCUUUCGACCCCUUAUGCUGUCAAAGAAGGAGGAUGGCUUGGUCUUUCCAUACUUCUGACAUAUGCGGUGCUUGCCUGGUACACUGGCAUUCUGCUGCGCCAUUGCUUGGACAGUCAACAAGGUCUGGCAACGUACCCUGACAUAGGUCAGGCUGCCUUUGGCACUACUGGUCGCAUUGCCAUCUCUAUAAUCCUCUACUUGGAAUUGUAUGCUUCUUGUGUUGAGUAUAUUAUAUUAGAGAGGGAUAACUUGUCAUCACUGUUUCCAAAUGCUCAACUGAAUAUAGGUGGGACACACAUAGACUCUCAUCUACUUUUUGCUACCUUGACUACUGUUAUAGUUCUCCCGACAACAUGGCUGCGAGAUCUUAGUGUUCUUAGUUACAUAUCAGUUGGAGGAGUUAUUGCAUCUGUGUUGGUAGUACUGAGCUUAUUUUGGGUUGGUCAAUUCGAUCAUGUUGGUUUUCAAAAUAAGGGCACUCCACUAAACCUAUCAGGUAUUCCAAUUGCCAUUGGCAUAUAUGGAUUCUGCUAUUCAGGUCAUGCAGUUUUCCCAAACAUAUAUUCCUCAUUGAAGAAACCCAACCAGUUCCCCUCCGUUCUCUUUGUAAGUUUUGUAAUUUGCACUGUGAUGUAUGCUGCGGUUGCUGUGAUGGGUUACACUAUGAAUGGGGAGUCAACGCUGUCACAGUUCACCCUCAACAUGCCACAAAAUCUAUUGGCUUCGAAGGUCGCUGUGUGGACUACGGUGGUGAACCCAAUAACUAAAUAUGCAUUAACGCUGACUCCUUUGGCAUUGAGUUUGGAGGAGUUGUUACCGGCAAACAGUUCGAACUCACACUUGUAUGCAAUCAUGAUAAGAACAACGCUGGUUCUUUCUACUUUAAUAGUGGCUCUUUCAAUUCCUUUCUUUGGAUUGGUAAUGGCUUUGAUUGGAUCAUUGCUCACCAUGCUUGUGACUUUGAUUCUUCCAUGUGCUUGCUUUUUGAGCAUACUUCGGGGCAGAGUGACAAGGACUCAGGGCCUGUUGUGCAUCUUCAUCAUCGCAAUUGGAGCGGUCUCUUCCAUUCUAGGCACGACCACAUCGCUCUCCAAAAUUAUAGGCCAACUGAGUUCAUAAUUUAUGCCAACAACCGAAUAAAGUCUAUUGUUCCUUGUUUUCAUUUCACUGUUCCUAUUCCUUUAUUGUUUAUUCAAAUAAAUUUUAUUAGAAGAUGUCGAAUUUAUUGUCUUUUUUUUUUUUGGGUCAUUUUAAUAGAUGCAAAAGUAUAAAGAAGUGUAGGGACAUGUAAUUGAGAUUAUCUAUUUAUAUAUGGUUUGUGUCUUAUAUCA